AUGAAGAAGCGGACACACGACCCAGACUCGGACGCCACAUCCUCCGCGCCCACCUCGAAGCGUCAAAAGAUGGACGUCGACCUCAGCCCGCUCCCACCGGCCGAGCUGGCGCUCGCGUUACCGGGCCUCUUGACGCGUCCGCCCACUCACCCCCAGCACGCCGCCGGCCUCUCGCUCUCGCGCGCGGCGCUGCACAACCUCCUCUCUUCACCCUCGAACCUCUCAACGGGAUCUCUAACGCGCGCAUGGCUCUCCCUGGCCGAACUAUCCAUCCAAUCCCUCCCCCUCCUCCUGCCCUCAUCCGACGAAGAAGAAUCAACGACAGCCGAGAUUGACCGCGCACUCUCCCAAGGCUUUGCCCUCGCGCCGAAGAACGAGAAUGAUCGCGUCAAGUAA